AUGAUCAUAAAUCCUGUGUUAUCAGGUGCUCUCCCUUCUGCGCACGCUUCUGUCACACUGACUAUUCGGGAGGCUCUGUCGGGUAUCUCGGGUACCAUAUCCCUCGUUUCAUGGAUUGUUCUGCUCGUACCACAAAUUUUAGAGAACUACAAAAAUCAAAGUGGUGAUGGUGUAUCUACAGCCUUUUUGCUCGUAUGGCUUUUCGGCGACAUUGCAAAUUUGGCUGGUGCCUUAAAGUCCGAUCUGCUCUCCACUCUGUCAAAGAAGCACGGCGUCAAUCUCGCUCAAGCAACGCUUUCUGGAACCAUGCCUGGUAAUCCUGCCCUCUCCACCGUUGCUGAGAAAGAUGCCAGUGCCAUGGAGGAGAUGACUCGAAAUUUCUUCUCGAUAAUCUCAGUGGUAUUUAUUGGCUGCCUUGGAUGGUUUCUUGUUUGGAAGAGCGGCGCAUGGUCUGUUACAGUCGAGGAUGGAGACAGCAUCGAGAUAUCCUUGAUUGGCGCAAUCCUGGGAUAUAUAAGCUCCGUAUUAUACCUUGGAGCUAGGAUUCCUCAGAUUAUCAAGAAUUACCGGUGCCAGUCUUGUGAAGGUCUCUCAAUUUUGUUUUUUAUGUUAUCCUUAUUGGGAAACCUCUCAUAUGGAGCAGGGAUCCUGCUUCAUUCCACUGAACAUGACUAUGUGAUCCAUAACCUCCCUUGGCUGAUUGGGAGCUUGGGAACAAUGGUACAGGACUUUAUUAUCUUUGGACAAUUUCAUUAUUAUAAAGGAAAGAAACUCGAUGGUUCAGCUGUUGUUUAG